UUGAAAAGGUAUUUAACACACUGCUUCGACGUUCAUUUACGUUCUAUUGCAGAUAUAACGCCAAAAUGUACAAGACAAUCUUUGCCGUGCUCCUACUCGCAGCUGUAUCCAAUGCUCAAUUGAUUGGAUGGAGAAAUUGCGGCUCACCAUUGGCAACCGUACACAGAAUCCGAGUCGGUGGAUGCAGUUCAACACCAUGUAGUUUUCCGGCAGGACAAAUUGUCCCAAUCGAGGUUGAUGCUACUGCUUUGGCCAACAGUGUCAAUCUACCGUUCGCAAUGACAGCCUCAUUCCUUGGUAUCCCUAUUCCUUUGCUCGAAGGCAAUGCGUGCAAUCAUUUUACACUUGGAACGUGUCCAGCUUUGGCCGGAAAUAAUUUCACUUUCCGAAUUGAAUACAGAGUCACAGACGCAAUUCCAGCGGGUGUGCCCACAGUCGUUACAUCCACUAUGUGGAAUGACUUUGGUGAUAUCGCAGUUUGUAUUCAAGUCGAUGCUAUUGUCACUGCUGCUCGCAAUGAAAUUACUGCUGAAUAGGAAUUUACGCUCAUAAAAUACAUUUUUACCAAAAUA